CUACUGCCAAAGCAAGUGAAAAAUGGAAAUACAAUGAAGAACUUUUGUUUGAGAACCCUUUGGAAGCCUUACCCAAGUGUGCACCUCAUCCCCCUGCAAUUGUUCAGGUUUUAAAUACCAGCAGCCAAGUAGCCACAGUGUCUAAAGUGUCAUCUACUUACACUAGGGAAAUAACUGCGGAGCUGCCUGCUCCAGAUGGAGCAAGCUUUUUGACAGCUGAUAACGCGCCUCCUCUCCCCGCGAAGUGCGCUGUGGCCACGCAGACCUCCGAGCUCCCCCUGCCCACCGCCGCGGCCGUGAGGCCCCCUUCUGCAGCCCCGCCUGUGGAAACGGCCCUCCUGCCGCCUCCCACUCCUGCCAGACUCUCUGAACCUAGCGCCUACCGCUCGCUCUUGGAUGCCCUGCUCAUCACGCCUGUCACUAAGCCUCCUCUGCAGGCCAUCGGGCCUUCCAGGAAGUCUACAAGUGCUCUGGAGUUGCAAAAGAGCAAGAGCGAUUCCCUGGAGGCUACCCAGCCCGCUGCAUUUACGGCCUCCUCGGCGAGGAACAUGCCCGCCCGCCAAGAAAACGCCGACGCGAGACCUGCUCCCGCCAGCACCACGUCUGCUGCAGCCCUCAAGCCAACGGGACCCCCGGGUGCUGCCAAGUACUCGGGCCGGCAGCCUGCGAACCAAGCAGCUCCUGCCAGUGGAUGGACAUCAAACAGUAUUAAACCACCUGGAACAACUGGCCCAAGUGAAAAAUUUGCGACAGCACCUCAGCUAAAUGAGCAAGACACAUUGGUUCAGAGGGCAGAGCAUAUUCCUGCGGGAAAGCGUACUCCCAUGUGUGCGCACUGUAAUCAAGUCAUUAGAGGACCCUUCUUGGUGGCUUUGGGGAAGUCGUGGCAUCCAGAGGAAUUUAAUUGUGCUCAUUGCAAAACCUCCAUGGCUUACAUUGGAUUUGUGGAAGAGAAAGGGGCGCUGUAUUGCGAGGUCUGCUAUGAGAAAUUCUUUGCCCCUGAGUGUUCGAAGUGCCAAAGGAAGAUUCUUGGAGUAAUAAUAAAUGCUUUGAAACAAACCUGGCAUGUUUCCUGCUUCGUGUGUGUGGCCUGUCAUAACCCCAUCCGCAAUAAUGUCUUCCACUUAGAAGACGGCGAUCCCUACUGUGAGACGGAUUACUAUGCCCUCUUUGGUACUAUGUGCCAUGGCUGUGAAUUCCCCAUUGAAGCUGGAGACAGGUUUCUUGAAGCUCUGGGCCACACUUGGCAUGACACUUGCUUUGUAUGCUCAGUAUGCAGUGACAGUUUGGAGGGUCAGACUUUCUUCUCCAAGAAGGACAAGCCACUGUGCAAGAAACACGCUCACUCUAUCAACAUCUGAUGCUUGGAGCUUAUCUUGUGUAACAAAUGUACUGAACAGAAAGAAAGGUUAAAAUGUCUAUGUUCA